AUGACAUCACUCAAGAAGAAGAGUAGGAGGAAGCCUUCUUCCCAGGCCCUGGGGAAUAUUGUUGGCUGCAGAAUUUCUCACGGGUGGAAGGAAGGUAAUGAGCCUGUCACCCAUUGGAAGGCCAUCAUUCUAGGUCAACUGCCAACAAACCCUUCUCUUUAUUUGGUGAAGUAUGACGGAAUUGACAGUGUCUACGGACAGGAGCUCCACAGCGAUGAGAGGAUUUUAAAUCUUAAGGUCUUUCCUCACAAAGUAGUUUCUACUCAGGUGAGGGAUGUCCACCUCGCCAGCGCCCUGGUUUGCAGAGAGGUACAACACAAAUUUGAGGGGAAAGAUGGCUCUGAGGACAACUGGAGUGGGAUGGUGCUAGCCCAGGUGCCAUUCUUACAGGACUAUUUUUACAUUUCCUACAAGAAGGAUCCGGUCCUCUACGUCUAUCAGCUCCUGGAUGACUACAAGGAAGGUAACCUCCACAUCAUUCCAGAGACCCCUCUGGCUGAGGCGAGAUCAGGUGAUGACAAUGACUUCUUAAUAGGUUCCUGGGUGCAGUACACCAGAGAUGAUGGAUCCAAAAAGUUCGGAAAGGUUGUUUACAAAGUUCUAGCCAAUUCUACUGUGUACUUUAUCAAAUUUCUUGGUGACCUACAUAUCUAUGUCUAUACUCUGGUGUCAAAUAUCACUUAA